GGGACUGGCCAUGGGGGUAGCACGUGCCAUCCGUCGCUUCAGUACAGAUAUCCCUGACCCUCUCCGCGAGGAGGAGGAAUCACAGUUGACUCAGACGAUGAGGCCUACCCCCUACCGCAAUGGCAAAAUGCAUACGAAGCCUACUCGCCAGCGCAGUCGCUUCGUCCAGAAAGACGGACAUUGCAAUGUAGAAUUUAUCAAUCUCAGUGAGAAAAGCCAACGCUACCUAACAGACCUAUUUACCACAUGUGUUGACAUACGCUGGAGAUGGAUGUUCCUCGUUUUCUCCUUUACAUUUGUGGUCUCGUGGCUUAUUUUUGGUUUUACUUUUUGGUUAAUCGCCUCAUUGCACGGGGACCUGGCACCACCACCCGAACCUGGCUCUGAGGAGGCGCACAAUGACCCCUGCUUUUUACAAGUCACUAGUUUUAUGGCCGCCUUCCUGUUUUCAUUAGAAACACAGACUUCUAUUGGCUAUGGAUUCAGAAGUGUGACUGAGGAAUGUCCAAUGGCUGUGUUAACUGUGGUCCUCCAGUGUAUUGUGGGGUGUAUUAUUGAUGCUUUCAUCAUUGGAGCCAUCAUGGCAAAAAUAGCCAAACCCAAAAAGAGGAACGAAACUCUCGUUUUCACGCAAAAUGCUGUGAUUGCAUUGAGAGAUGAGAAGCUAUGCCUCAUGUGGAGAGUUGCAAACCUUCGCAAGAGCCACUUGGUGGAAGCACAUGUCCGAGCGCAGCUUCUUCAGCCUCGUGUCACCCCUGAAGGAGAGUACCUCCCUCUGGAUAACACUGAUAUCAAUGUUGGGUUUGACAGCGGCACAGACAGAAUCUUCCUGGUGUCCCCAGUAACCAUUGUUCAUGAGAUUGAUGAAGAAUCCCCUCUAUACGAGAUCGGCAAGGAAGAAUUGGAGGCAGCUAACUUUGAGCUGGUUGCAAUCCUUGAAGGCAUGGUGGAGGCCACGGCCAUGACUACACAAUGUCGCAGUUCUUAUCUUCCCUCUGAGAUCUUGUGGGGAAGUCGCUUCGAACCAGUACUUUUUGAGAAACGUAAUUAUUACGAGGUGGAUUACCUCCACUUUAACAGCACAUAUGAAGUACCCAGCACGCCCACUUGCAGCGCUAAAGAACUUUCAGAGAGGAAAUAUUCACUGGUGGGUCGCAGUUCUUUUUGUUACGAGAAUGAAGUUGCGCUCAACUGCAUUAGCGAUGAAGUGUCCCCUACCCUUGUGGACACAAUAUUAACUGUUCCUAAUAUGUCCCAUGAGCUUGGCAUGCUUGGAGUUCCCAUCCCCCUGGAGGAAAUACUACUGACAUGAUCUUCUGCUUGAAGAAAGAAAUCUCAAUUAGAUGGGUUCUACUGACUUGCAACUUGCACUUCCAUCCGUUAAGAUGCAUUUCUCACUCAAGUUAAAAGGGACUACAUGGAUUAAGCAGCCAAUGCACCAAAAGGGUCUCCCAUGAACA